UUUGCGCCUUCUGUCGCCUCGCCUUCAAUCUGAAACACGCCGAUUGGCUGCGCGGCGCCAAGUAUUGUUUUGAUAAAUAACUUUAAUGGAUUGACUUUUUUUCGAGAGGAUCCGCGAACUUUAGAGGGUCUGCAAACAGCAUCAGCAAAUCUCCGCUUAAACGGUAGAAUACGAACGGAAACUAAUUUGGCUGACUACAUUUGGAGUUCAUAUCCGUCUAGAUACAAAAGUUGUCAAAUCUGUCAGUCUUCGUAUAGAAAGGCCUUUGGGUGAUUACAACAUGCAAUUUGCUUAUACAAUUGGACGUAUUCAGUUCGCGCAUCUACGUCUUGGCGUUUACGACAGGCAGUUCGCAGUGUGUAGAUAUGAUCGUACACGCUGUUGACUUUGCCCAGGGUUGGAUCUUUUACAAACAACUGACUGCUGUCAUCUGAACUUGAACAGUAAAGAAAACGUCAGAACUACACUGCAACAGGUGUCCCAGCAUUGCCAUGAGUCUCUCACCACAUCAGAGGGGAACCAUAAACAGUAUAAGCAAGCAGAAAGUUGAAGCCAUGAAUGAAUCAAUGCAACAUUCGGGAGAAAUGUUUUACAAUGUGGGAGCUCCUGGCCUGGAGCAAACUCAGAACACUCCAGGGUGCGUGGUGGAUUCCAGCCCUGAGGUCCAAGGCUCUAACGUUUUCAAAUCUGAUAAAGGAUAUCAGGUCCGAGGACAUUUUCAGCAGGCUGGAUCGGUCAAGUGGGUGCAUCAGGAUCCGGUGCAGACCUCAGCCUGGUUUCAGGGCCUUCCAAACAUGACCAAGUGGACGCCAAACUUUGGCCCUUCUCUUAGUGGUAUGGAUGACCCUAGAUCUUUUCACAAGGCGGGUCAUGAGAUGGAGGCUUUAAAGUUAGAAAAGCUUUCCCCGGCAUCUUCGCAGUCUUACCCAGAAACCUCACAAGUUCCCGGGCAGGAGUGGGAUCAUCACUCAAUGGCAGCAAUGCACCAUGCUCAGUUUCAGGCCCUACAACAGGGCCACAGGCCUGCAGAACUCCAAUAUCCACUUCAAGGCAUGCAUCACGACAUGCCGGACCCCACUCUGCAACCCUUCCAAUUGGCAUUUGGAAAUACCAAGCAACCCCAGGCACCUGACUUCCAUCAAGUUUACCAAGGCAACAAUGCAUCUUUAAAUAUGAAUUACGUAGAGAAACCAAAAACACAACAGCAAGUGUUGCAGUUGCAACAGCAGCAGCAUCAGCUGCAUCACCAGCAUCAGAUGCAGCAAAUGCAUAUGCGUCAGUUCCAACAACAGCAACACCAAAUUCAGCAGCAGCGACGGCUGCAACACAUUCAACAGCAAUACCAACAGCAGCAGAAAAUGCAGGAACAGAUGCAGCAACAGAUGCAGCUGCAGCAGCACACACAAGGGCUUCAUCAAGCAGAAUCUAUACCAUCGCAAGAAACCCAGCAAGGCAAACAACAGACUGAGAGUGCUCAGGGGAAUAUCGAAUCGAGUCCAUUAUCUCAUCAGACCCCGCUUACUGUCUCUCAAACUCCUGCACCACAGCAUCAAAUUCCUCAGGCAUCCAAUUUCCCGGAUUCUGGUCCUGUAAAGACAAUUCCAGAACCGCAGGAGGCCCAAAGCAAACGUCAGGUCCUCCCUCGCCGCUCGCGCCGCUUAUCCAAAGAUAGUGUCAGUCCGGAAGAAAACCAGACAUCUAGGGACAGUGUUUCUGCCCCAAAUGGAGGAGUGGCCGGAGUCCGGGACCCUGCAGUGGGGGUUAUCAAAAGCAUCCAAAGACGGCGGAGAGCCUCAAAAGAGAUCAACCUGGAGACGUUAGCGCAAAAGGCCUCAGAGAUGGAGUUUUUACCAGCACGAAGUGAGGAGAAUGCCCCUGCUAGACCAGCUGGUAUGGUCCCCCUUGUCAUGCCAGUCUCUGUGCCCGUUUCUAAAGGCCAAGCUCAGAUGGAAGGCCCUGACACCUUUGCACACCCGGAUGAUGUGCGACAUCCCUCCGAGACUCCUGAACCACAGAACCAGCCUGAGCGUAAACCUUCGGUUAUCGUAGCACGCCGACAUUCAUUAAAGAACUCUGGUUUAGAGAACUUCAUCCAGGGCAAGGGGGAAGAAGACAAAUCCAGGCGUCGCCCGCGGCCGGAGCCCCUGGUCAUACCUCCUCCCAAACCAUUCACUUUCAUCGCCCCUUCUGUCUACUCCAGCAUCACCCCCUAUCAAAGCAACCUGCGCUCCCCAGUUCGUCUGCCUGAGCAUGCGAGCAUCAUCCCCCCGUACACUCCUCCGCCUAUUCUUUCACCUGUGCGUGAAGGUUCUGGGCUCUACUUUUCUGCCGUCCUGUCUUCCAUGGCAGCGGGCAGCCAGAUCCUGCCACCCCCACAGACACCCCGAAGUGCCGCAAGAAGUUUGCUGCGUUCAAUUAGCUCCGAUAUCACUCCUCCUGCACCCCAGCUUAUUGGAGAAGCAACGCCUGUCAGCCUUGAACCUCGCAUUAACAUCGGUUCUCGGUAUCAAGCUGAGAUUCCAGAACUACAGGAUCAGACCAUCUCCCAAAAUGACCAACACAAAGCCACUUUGGUUUGGCUUCCAUUAUCAGAGACUGAUUCUACACCCUCCCUGGAUGCUAGAGUUGAUGACCUGAUGAAUCUGGUGUGCUCCAGUGUCCUGUCUGGAGGAGGAACCAACACAGAACUAGCCAUGCACUGUCUGCAUGAGUGCAGGGGUGAUGUCAUGGCAACACUAGAGAUGAUGUUGAUGGAGAAUCCUGUCUUCUCAGUAAACCACCAUUUGGGCAAUUACCGCUAUGCAGGGUCAGACUAUUGGACUGUGGACGAAAAACAAUACUUCAACAAGGGAAUUUCUGCUUACAGGAAAGAUUUCUUCUUGGUGCAGAAGCUGGUGAGGAGUAAGACAGUGGCACAAUGUGUGGAGUUUUACUACACCUAUAAGAAACAAGUGAAGGUUGCUCGCAAUGGGUCUCUUAUAUACGGACCUUUAGACCCAGAGGAGAGGGUUCCUUUGAUCAAACAAGAACAGCAGGAGGAAGGAAUUCAUAAUAGACAACAGGUGGCAAAACAAGACAAUGCGAACGACAGUUCAAAAGAUGUGUCUAAAACACAUGAGAAUCAGAGGACAGACUCACCUCACGAGGAGCAGAAGAACAGCUGUGUGGAGGACAAUUCUGGCCUGAAGCCAGCGGUUCAACCCGCCUUUAAGACUCCUUCCCCUGCACCUCAGAAACCUGACAGCGCAGGGAAGAAGAGCAGAGCCUCCACUGUCAACAAAAGUCAGGGAGAGCCAGAAGGUAUUUUCCCGUGCAAGAAGUGCACUAGGGUGUUUUCUAAAGUAAAGAGCCGCAGUGCUCACAUGAAGAGUCAUUCCGAGCAGGAGAAGAAGGCUGCAGCACUGCGCCAGAGAGAGGAAGAGGAGCGGGCGGCAGCUACACUGAGACAGAAGGCACUGGAGGCACAGGCAGAAGGAGUGCAGGGAGAGAGCAGUGGAGCUGAGGAGAGCUCUAUAGAGCCCGAGGAUGAGCAGGAUGAAGAUUGGCACUGAGAGUUUUUACCUUUGUGCUGCUAGCAGAUUGACUUUAGUUUUGUAACAUUUGCAUCUCCCUUUUUACACUCAUGAGCUGGGAGGAUGUUCGGAAAGAUGGUGGUGUCAGAAAUGCCCGACUUGUUUUAUGUUUUGAUUCUGUUGUAUAAGUUGCAAGAAAAAAUAUUUUUAUACCAAAAAUGUUCCUAUGGUAUAUAGUUUUAAAUUUCACUCUUAUUUAAUGAUUAUAAGCAAGGAAGGAUGUUAGUCUGAUAUUGUUUAAAGGAGUUUAAACCACUUUAAAGGACAAUAUAACCAUAAAACUAAUUUCUACAUUUUGGCUAUUUGUUGGUGAACUUUUCCAGAAAUGAAUAUUCCUUCGGUUUUGAUAUGGAACAAAAACUGUUUUUGUAUGCUUAAAGAUUGUAUUUUUAUAACUUUAUGUAUUGCACAUAUUAAACAAAUAAUCAAGGAAACAAAGCAAACAUUCUGCCAUGGACACUGAAAUUCUCUGAAAUACUUUAUGUGGAUUGAAUGUAUAUAAUGCAGAAUAUAUAUAUGUUGUGUAUAUUAUACUGUGUACAAUAUGUUGUAUUGAUCACAAUGUGUGUGCUUGUGUUUAUAUUCAGUACUCUAAAUAUAUAAUAAUGUGUAUUUAUUCUUUAAAUGCACUUAAAGGGAUUGGACAAUUUAGAAUAAGAGAUUUUUAUUGAAACUUGCAUCCAUAAUUCAGUAUAUCAGACAAUCACAUUUUUUUAUUCACAAUUGUCUGUACAACACAAACCAGUUUUCACAAAUAUGAUAUUUUUUUACACUUUGGUGACUAGUGUGAGCAUGCUUUGUGUUUGCUGUAUUUUUUGUACAUGUCUGCCAAAUAAAGACAAACUUCCAAUUUAA